GCUCGCUGUCGUCCCCGACCAGUCCUUCUUUUUGUCCUUGAAUUUGCCUCUGCACCUCUGUACCUGUACCUGCUCCCUUUUGGCUGUCUUAAUAUCACCGUCUGACUUAUUCUACUAACUUAUUGGAACUAUGUGGUGUGACAACUGUCUCCUCCUACUACCCCUCCGCGCUGGAAGUAUCGCCUGGAAUGCUGCCAUCUUCAUUUACAGCAUCGUCGGUGGUAUCUUCUUUUUUCUGUGGGGCCCAUACUUUUUCUUUAUAUACCCUGAAUGGCAGAUCUAUGGUGGUAUUGCUAUGGCUAUCGGUGCUGUUGCGCUGAUCAACGUUAUUGCGCUUUCAAAUAAAUCGUACAUUUGGACACGUGUAUGCAAAUUCUUAUGGCCACUCAUAGUGGUCAUAUCGGCUGUUAGAGAUAUUAUCAUCAUCGUGGAGCUUCAGCGGGGGAAGGACAAGAUCAACUGGGAGUGCGACAACGACUCGACCAUCUACCCGGACAAUGUGAACUAUACGACGUACAGUCUACCGUCGUGUUUCUGUAACGUCGGUUACAGUAGCAUCGACACUGCAUGGAUCAUUGCCGUACUCGUUGACCUUUGCUUCCAGUUCUACGCUAUGUUCCUCAAUUGGAGAUUCUCGAAACGGCUGGAGCACUAUUCCGGCAUGAAGGGACCCUUUUACGGAGGUUACUACAACGCUUGAUCCUAGGUUUCGUUCCCGUUUUCCUCCGUCGCUGAUCCUUCCUAGGAUAUUUCUACUCCUCUCUGGACUUCCGCGACUCGGCUCUCCUCUCCUCCUUUACGUUUAGGGUUUUGCUACUACUAUUGACGAACGAUCACGAUUAACGACACCUUACGUUUCCCGGCUUUUGUUCCGCCCAUCACGACCUCUGCCUUGACGCUCGCGUUCCCUUCGGGGACUUGUAUCUUGUCAUUGAUAUUUCCUUCCCGCCCCCGUACCGCUCGAAAUGCUUAUUAGGUUCCUGUGGCGUCGCGCCCUGGACCAUUGUGC